AUGGCCGAUGUGCGGGCUCUUCUGCGGCAGCAGCGCGCCGCGCGCCGUAUAGAACACCCACACGCCUCCUAUUCCGACUCUGGGAAACUCGCCUGCAUCGUCUGCAAGGAGUCGAUCAAGACCGAGUCUCUCUGGGACGGACACCUCCGCAGCGCCGGCCACCGACAACGACUACAAGCCCUCCACCAGAACACCGCAAAAAAAGGAUCGAAUGGCUACGCCGGCUUUGUGGGGCAAGGCCCGGAGGUGACGGGUGCUUCUUCCCACAAGCGGAAGCUGGCCGACUCGGACGAGGAGAUGGCCGACCUUGAAGACGACACCGCACCGCGGAAGCGCCCAAAACCCGAUGCGACUACCCCAGACGAAGACAUGGGCACACCACCGAAAAAGGAUGAUACCAAGCCCAUAAACAAGCCCAUCACACCUCCAUUUAACCGCCGAACCUCUGGGACACCCACAGCCGGCGUCGAGAUGCAAAUGCCAUCACGCCCUGCGACGCCGGGGCCUGGUGGCACGCCCAUGGUCACAACACCGAGAGCCGCUCCGGUCAACCGGUCACCCUUGAUACCCGACGAAUUGGUCGCCGCACAGCAAGAAACAGUCCGCGGCGCUAGACCAGACACAGAGCCGAGCGGGAACAUCCCAGCAGCAACAACAAUACCUGCAACAGCCCCCGUCGACGAAGACGAAUGGGCCGCAUUUGAAGCCGACCUUCUCCAAGAAUCCAAACCGAAACCCACAACCGCCGCGCCGGGAGCAGCCGGAGCGACUACGGCACCACCACGCGACAGUGACGCCGUCAUCUCAGCGCCAGUUAUGACCGCGGCCGAGAUUGCCGCCAAGUCAGAAGAGGAAGAGCGCGCGAGGAAACGAGCGCUGGUAGAUAUCCAGUUGGAAGACGAGAAAGAGGAGGCCACACGGGCAUUAGAGAACGAGUUUGAGGUGAUGGAAGAGUUGGAAGCGAGGGCGCGAAAAUUGAGAGAGCGGAGAGAGGCGUUAAGGGCACAGAAUAGCCAUGGUGGGCCAGCGACGGCGUUACCGAAUGGUGAAGGGCAACUUGCUGUUGCUAGCGUGGUUGCUAGCGUCGUUGGCGAUGCUGAUAAUGGGAAGGAAAAGAGCAGCGUUGCGAGUGAGGACGGCUCGGACGAAGAGGAGGAGGAUGAUGAAGAGGAAGACGACUGGGACGGAUUUCGCUUUCGUGCGUAG